UAUAUAUAAAACCUUCACUGCACCAACCAAAGAGAAAUCAAUAAUAAUAUAUCCAUACUAUACAUCUUCUAAUUUGCAGUUGCAGUUGCAGUUGCAGUUGCUUCCAGUGACGACAUCCAUGGCGGCUGCCUUCUCCACCGUCGGUGCUGUCAACCGUGUCCCUCUGAACUUGAACGGAAGCGGAGGCGGAGUAGUCUCAACAUCAUCGUUCCUCGGAAUCACCUCUCUAAAGAAGACAAACUCAAACCUUCCCGGCGGGAAGGUGGUGUCCUCCUCCGGCAAUGGCAACUUGAGGAUAGCGGCGAUGGCGGACGACGUGGAUGAGAAAAAGCAGACGAGCACGGACAGGUGGCGGGGGCUGGUGACGGACGUGUCUGACGACCAGCAGGACAUCGCCCGAGGGAAGGGGGUCGUGGACUCGCUGUUCCAGGCCCCCACGGGGAUGGGUACCCACGACGCUGUCCUAAGCUCCUACGAGUACCUCAGCCAGGGCCUUCGCCAAUACGAUUUUGACAAUACAAUGAGCGGAUUCUACAUCGCCCCGGCUUUCAUGGACAAGCUCGUCGUCCACAUCACCAAGAACUUCAUGACCUUGCCCAACAUCAAGGUCCCUCUGAUUCUGGGCAUCUGGGGAGGUAAAGGUCAGGGCAAGUCCUUCCAAUGUGAGCUUGUUUUCGCCAAGAUGGGCAUCAACCCGAUCAUGAUGAGCGCCGGAGAGCUAGAGAGCGGGAACGCCGGCGAGCCGGCGAAACUAAUCCGGCAGCGGUACAGGGAGGCAGCGGACCGUAUCAAGAAGGGAAAAAUGUGCUGCCUCUUCAUCAACGACCUCGACGCCGGCGCCGGCCGGAUGGGCGGCACGACCCAGUACACGGUCAACAACCAGAUGGUCAACGCCACCCUGAUGAACAUCGCCGACAACCCCACCAACGUCCAGCUCCCCGGAAUGUACAACAAGGAGGAAAACCCCCGCGUCCCCAUCGUCGUCACCGGCAACGACUUCUCCACCCUCUACGCCCCCCUCAUCCGCGACGGCCGGAUGGAGAAGUUCUACUGGGCCCCGACCCGGGAGGACCGGAUCGGGGUCUGUAAGGGGAUCUUCCGUACCGACAACAUUCCCGACGAGGCUGUCGUCAAGCUCGUCGACACCUUCCCCGGACAGUCGAUUGAUUUCUUCGGCGCCGUCAGGUCGCGAGUUUACGACGACGAGGUCCGGAAGUGGAUCUCCGAGGUCGGAGUCGACGCCAUUGGGAAGAAGCUUGUGAACUCCCGGGAGGGCCCGCCCACGUUCGAGCAGCCGCGGAUGACUCUUGAGAAGCUCCUGGAGUACGGCCACCUGCUGGUCCAGGAGCAGGAGAAUGUUAAGAGGGUCCAGCUCUCUGAUAAGUACCUCAAGGACGCUGCACUUGGAGAUGCCAACAAGGAUGCCAUGGAAAGGGGAAGCUACUACGGGAAGGCAGCGCAGCAGGUGGGAAUACCAGUGCCUGAAGGGUGCACGGACCCCAACGCCAAGAACUUUGAUCCGACGGCCAGGAGUGACGAUGGAAGCUGCGUCUACAAUCUCUGAACGUACGAUCAUCAUCAUUAUUACAUACAUAGAUAGAGCAGCAGCAGCAGCCUGGAUCGGUCUGUUUGGGUAUUAAUUUUGUGAGUGGGUACCUGAUCCAUCGUCUGAAUUUGGAUUAUUCAUUGCUGAUGUGUCUUGUUCGUGUAUGGUCUGGUCUGUCUCCUACCUCUGUCAAUUGGACUACUACUACUCCCCAACUGGUUUGGUUUUCUUAAGAUUGUAAGAUGCCAAAUUAUAAACAUAUUUCUUUUAAUUCCAA